GAUUACACUUCAACAGGGACUUUUAGAAAGAAAGAAAAGGGAAGUAAAGAGAAGAGAAUGGCAAAGCCUAAAACAGCUUUAGCUGAUGUACUGGAAAAAUCGAUGAUUGCUGCUGACACCUUAGAACGUAAAGACCUGAUCUUUACCUACAAGGGCACUGUCUACCCAACUACRCUUUGCACUCCUGAAAUAUUCAAAGCUAUGGAGUCCUUUGAAGCCAGAAGAGAUGAUGUCAUUCUAGCAGGUUUUCCUAAAUCUGGUACAAACUGGUUCGGUCAAAUCUUAAGUGACUUGAUAGCAACCGCUGCAAAGAAAAAKAAAAAUGAAACAAAUAAUCACGAUGAUGUGCCAGAAGAAUUUCCCUACCUUGAAAUUGGAGAUCCUGAAAAAUAUGAGAGGAUGAAGAAAUUACCCCCAAGAAGACUUAUACGUACCCAUAUGGCUCCUCAAAAACUACCAGAAUCCAUUUUCAAAAACAAAGCCAAAAUACUGCUAUUGCUCCGCAAUCCAAAAGAUUUAGCAACAUCGUACUACCAUUUUUCSUUAGUCUUUUCUCCUUUUCCAUCUUAUGAAUCUUGGGAUUGUUUCUUUAAAGACUUUAUGGCUGGAAAAGUGCCAUGGGGAUCUUAUUUCAACUAUCUUUCUGAAUGGAACAAAUACAUUGACAAUGAAAAUGUUAUGCCUAUAGGUUUUGAAGACGUAAAAGAGAAUACAUAUUUAGGAGUGAAAAAAAUAGUUGAAUUUUUUGAGUUCCCUUUGAAUGAAGCAGAAAUUCAUGCUGUUGUGCAGAGGAGUAGCUUCCAAUCUAUGAAGAAGAACUCCAAGGAGACCCAUGGAGCAUUUGGUGAUGUCCUCUUCCGAAAAGGUGGUGUUAGCGACUGGCGGAAUCUUUUUACGGAAAAGCAUAAUUUAGAAAUGGACAAAAUGUACAAGGAACACUUAGAAGCAAUCCCUCUUGGAAAAAGGUUAAAAUAUGAUGUGUAUUGCAAAGCCUGAUGGAUAAAGGACUUGUACUUUUGAAGCAAACAUUUCCUGAACUCUGAUCAGGAAUGCAGUCUCAUGACAUACAGGAGACAAGAGGAUGCUGCAGAUAAACUUUAUUCAGACCACAACUGACUUUUUGGUGACAGAUGUGUAUAUCAGGCUUUAAUUUUAAAUACAAAACCUUUGGCAUAGUGAGAUGGUGUUCAUGUACUGGAGAGUAUUAUAAUUAAUCACAUGCGGAUGAAUGUAACAGCUCUGCUUCAUAAUAUACCAUCUUAAGGAAAUAAGCUAUUUCCCCUUUUAUUAUUGAGCUUUUCAAUAUUUGAGAGUAUUUGAUACCUGGAAACUGUUGAAAGAUCUUUCAGUUCAGGCUACUUCUUCGCAGAAAGAUUUCUUCCAGAGCUAAGCUCUGAUCCAAAUGUAAUUCAAAUCAAAAGAUAUUUUUCCCUCUGACUUCAAUGAAAAUUGAAUUAUACAUAUAGUAAACAUUGAUAAAUAUGAAAGAGGCAUUGCAGUGCUUAAAACAAUAGUACCUUAAUCUUCUUUAAAGUGUAGCUSUCUUUCAU